AAACGCUGUCGGUUGCAACUGCGUUAAAACCAAUUAGAAAAAUGUACAUUAAGUGUCUAUUUCGCAUUUAUUUUUGAUUUGCUAUGAAAGUCAGCAGUAGCAGUAGUAGUAGUAGUAGUAGUACAUAUUUAGAAAGGCCGCCUCCUACAUCCCAGGGUUUAGACGAUGUUUCUUUAGGAAAAGGUGAAAGAUAAUAUUUGGGGUGUCCUGAUCUCGAUAUUAAAAAAGCAAUGUACUGUUAAACCACUUUUUCUUUGGAAAUUAAUGGUAAAAUACUGUACCUAAUUUACAGUGCAGCAGCUACUGGGUAGGGUGAAGAGUUGAGACCUAGGAGGACCAGAGGAUCCCAGUAUGCCCUCUCACAACAAACGCACCUCUCCUUCCUACCAUCCCGGCAGCAGACGGCAUGAACACAGGCACAAGCAUAGCGAGCAUGUCUCCAACCCAGCCUACUCUUUCUACCCAGACGAGGAGCUCUUCCACUUCUACCGCUGGACCUCUCCUCCAGGGGUGAUGAAGAUCAUCUCCAUCAUCAUCAUCAUCAUGUGUGUAGCGGUCUUCGCCUGUGUGGCGUCUACGCUCGCCUGGGACUACGACAUGAGCACGAUGGGAAUGGGCGGCGGCGUCGGCGCCGGGAUGGGGAUCGGAGGCGCCGGAGGAUAUGGUGGGAGCUAUGGCAGUAGUUACGGCGGUGGCUCCUCCUACGGCAGCGGUAUCGGUGGAGGCUCGUCCUACGGCGGAGGUAGCUACGGAAGCGGGACCCAGACUGACCCGCUGGCGGGGAAGGGCUUCAUCAUUGCCAUAGCAGCCAUCACCUUCAUCGCCGUGCUCAUCAUCUUCAUACUAGUGGUGUCGCGGCAGAACGCGUCCCGCUCGCCAAAGUUCUACCUGGGGACCAUCAUCGUGUCUGCCAUCUUGGCAAUACUAAUGAUCAUCGCUACUAUAGUCUACCUGGUGGCAGUGAACCCCACAGCCCAGUCCUCAGGGUCUGUCUACUACAACCAGAUCAUACAGCUGUGUUCCCAGUACCAGAAUCAGAACCAAGCCCAGGGCAUCUUCAUCAACCAGUACCUCUACCAUUACUGCGUGGUGGAACCUCAGGAGGUCAUAGCCAUCAUCCUGGGAAUCUUGGUAUUUGUGGGUCUGAUCAUCCUGCUGGUGUUUGCUGUGAAGACGCGUCAGAAGAUCAGGCGCUGGGGCCCAGACAGAAUCCUCUGGGAGGAGGCCAAGGUUACCAGCAACAGCCUGCGCACACACACCAUCGGAGAGUGGGUGAAUAACGUGUCUGGUCAGCCGGACACUCUGGUGAAUGAAUACAACGACAAGGUGGGGGGCUCCAGGAACUUCCUGGACCAGCUGCCAGACCAUAGACCUCUGUAUCUGCCUGGGAGCUCAGACAUAACUAGUUCGUUGGGAGGACUGAAGAGCAAGCUGAGGGACUACGACACUGGUGCAGAAUCGGGAGGAGAGGAUCUGGACGAGAUCGACUUUAACACCGAGUUCUCUGCCAUCAUGAAUGAGCAGGAGCGUCUGGACUACAAGAGGGAGUUUGACCGGGACCAUCUGGAGUACAAAGAGCUGCAGGCUGAGCUGGAUGACCUCAACAUGGGCCUGGCUGACCUGGACAAGGAACUGGACAGACAGCCAGAGGGCAGCCCACAGUUCCUGGAUGCUAUGGAUAAGUACACCCAGAUGAAGAAUAUGAAGAAGUCCUCAGACUAUCAGCUGAAGAAGAAGAGGUGCAAGCAUCUGAAGGCCAAGCUGUCGCACAUCAAGAGGAAGGUCAGCGAGUAUGACCGCAGACGCUGAACCCUGACCACUAACCCCAGUCCAGAGCAGACUCCACCCUUGUCUGUCCAGGAAACUGGCCCCAAAAGAAAGAAGACCAUAAUGGGAGAGGGACCCAGAGAAGGCAUUUUUUCAAUGUGAAGUCAUAUGAACUGUUUUUAAGAGGGAGAAUUCUCUGAAUGUCUAAUAAUGUUUUAUUUUUUUAUUAAAGUUAGAUUGAUG